UUAUAAUACGUACAAUAAAAGUAGCUAACACAUCGCAGGAAAUCGUUACGGUAGAAUUUAUGAUUGGAUUUGUGAAUUUACCGAACAGAGAUAAAACAAUUCAAAAUUGAUAUAAAGACUUGCUCAAUAAUAAUAUCAGUCAGUUACGGAAAUAAUUUGUAAAAAAAGCUAAACAUGAAAACUUUCGUCGCCCUAGUUGCCAUCUUGGCUGUUACGCUCGCUAACCCCUUGCCUCUAGUGCAGGUUAUUGUCAACGUUAACACACCAGACAACGUUGACACCGGUGUUGUAGAUGAAGACCACGUGCUUCCAGAGCCUAUACUACCUGAAAUCGUGCCUGAGCCCAUAGAAUUGCCCGAAGCAGUUUUACCUGAGAUAAUUCCGGCACCUGUUGAACUUCCCGAAGCAGUUUUACCCGAGAUAAUUCCCGCACCUGUCGAACUUCCCGAAGCAGUUUUACCCGAGAUAAUUCCCGCACCUGUCGAACUUCCCGAAGCAGUUUUACCCGAGAUAAUUCCCGCACCUGUCGAACUUCCCGAAGCAGUUUUACCCGAGAUCAUUCCCGGACCUAUCGAACUUCCCGAAGCAGUUUUACCCGAGAUCAUCAUCGAGGCACCUGAAGUAGUCUUGCCCGGCCCAGUGCAGGCACCUGAGGUUGUCGUGAACUAGGAAGUAGGUACUCCUGAAAAAGAAUAACACAGUUACAACUCUAAUACCAAACUACAGUCUACAUAAAAAUAGUAUAAAGUUAGUUAGAUCCUAAGUUAAUAAAUUUUGUUGUUGAA